CCUAGUAACCCUUGGUGGCGUCUUCAAAGAUAUCGCUAGCUAACUAACGUUAGCUGAAGCAACAUUAUGGGUCUCCUGUCCAUUCUACGGAAAUUAAAAAGUGCUCCGGACCAGGAGGUGCGCAUCCUGUUACUGGGGUUAGAUAAUGGAGGCAAAACCACUCUCCUCAAACAGCUGGCGUCAGAGGACAUUACCCACAUAACCCCAACACAGGGCUUCAACAUCAAGAGUGUGCAGUCCCAGGGCUUCAAGCUGAACGUUUGGGACAUUGGUGGUCAGCGUAAGAUUAGGCCUUACUGGAGAAACUACUUUGAAAACACAGAUGUGCUGAUUUAUGUAAUUGACAGUGCUGACAGAAAAAGAUUUGAAGAAACGGGACAGGAGCUGGCAGAGCUUCUGGAUGAAGAGAAGCUGAGUGGCGUCCCCAUUUUGAUCUUUGCCAAUAAGCAGGACCUGUUGACUGCUGCCCCGGCCUCUGAGAUUGCAGAGGGCCUGAACCUGCACACCAUCCGGGACCGCAUCUGGCAGAUCCAGUCCUGCUCAGCCCUCACUGGUGAGGGGGUGCAGGAUGGCAUGAACUGGGUUUGCAAGAAUGUCACCGCCAAGAAGAAGUAGUGACAGACAGUUUCCUGUGGACCGGUCAAAGAAUGUUGAAACACACACACACACACACACACACACACACUAAACAAACAAUAAGAACUCUGGGAGGAUCUCAGAGUGAACAGCUGCAGCUGAUCCCAGCUGAUGGAAUAUGACCUGUGCUGGUGCAGCAGCUGUGGACGCCCAGGGAAGAGGAAGUUGGCAGCUGUCUGACCCCUCCUGAACCCCCCCCCCCCC